AUGGUGGAGGAGUUCAGAAAACCACUGACGGCAACAAAUGGCUGCAGGGGAUUUCCUCUGCCUCUUCUCCUCCCUGUGAGGGGCCAACUGCCCUGCCCUGGUUCCCACUGGUGCCCAGAGCCAGGUCCCACUCCAGCCACGCUCUGUGGUGGCAGAGUGAUUUCCCAGUGCUGUGCAAACCUUGGGACCUGUGCUGUCAAAUCCAUCGUCCCACAGCUCCUGCCCCACACUCUGCACCGGGGGGGCUCCGGGCAGAGCUCAUGGAUAUUCCCAAACCCCACACGCUGGUUCUGCCACUGCCAGCUCUGCCCUCUGAGAGCUCAGCACUGCUGGGGGGAGCACCAACAGCUCAGGAACACCAACAACCAGGGAUUCAGGAACACCAACAGCUCAGGAACAUCAACAGCUCAGGAACACCAACAGCCAGGGCUAGGAACACUGCAGAGAUUUGAUUUUUGUCUCAGCAGAGAAAAAAGGAAAAGAACUUCAAGUGCUUUUAGAACUGAGGAAAAACAAUCUCCCUUUAGAACUGUUCACCAGCACAGAGGAGGGACUGUCCCUGUCCCUGUGCCUGCAGUGGGGCAGUUUCAGGGUGGUGGGACUGUCCCUGUGCCUGCAGUGGGGCAGUUUCAGGGUGGUGGGACUGUCCCUGUCCCUGUGCCUGUGGCUGCAGUGGAGCAGUUUCAGGGUGGUGGGACUGUCCCUGUCCCUGCAGUGGGGCAGUUUCAGGGUGGUGGGACUGUCCCUGUGGCUGCAGUGGGGCUGUUUCUCACCUGUUUCCCUGUGCUGCUGGGCUCUGCUCUCCCUGCAGGAGAGGCCAUGGAGCAAGGGCUCCGGGACUGCUGCCGCUCCAUCCGCAUCGGGAAGAUCCUGAUCCAGAGCGACGAGGAGACCCAGCGAGCCAAGGUGUACUACGCCAAGUUCCCUCCAGACAUCUACAGGAGGAAAGUCCUGCUGAUGUACCCAAUUCUGAGUACUGGUUAUGCUGUCAUUGAGGAUGUCAAAGUGCCUGUAGAAUAUGAUGUACAACAAGGUGUCAUGAUCCUGCUCAGCCUGUUCUCUACACUUAUGACACACUGAGACCUUUGGUGUCUCUCAAAAGGUGCCAAAUCCAUCAUCCAGGAAUUCCCAGAAAUCACUAUUCUAACUACAGAAGUGCAUCCUGUUGCACCAACACACUUUGGACAGAAGUAUUUUGGAACAGACUGACAGUCUCAGAACAACUGGAUGUGACUCUAUGACAUUACAAGAGGUUUUUUUCUACAUUUUAUUACUGUUGUGUUGUCAAGGGUGUGUUUGGGAACCUUUUUGGCCAAAGGGGGAAAUACUUGACUUAGGUGAGUCCUGGCCUGAACAGGGAUCAGGUACAAAGCACUCUGGUUACAUGGCCAAGCAUCUCCAUCUUGGGGUUGUUAAACUGCCACAC